AGCACGAGUUUUUACGACAUUUACCAGAAGCCAUUGAAAAGAAAGGAGUGGAGAUUCUUCGUUUGAACAAGGCCAAAGUUUUAAAACAGAGAAUAUGCAAAUUGAAAAGGGCAUAUAAGAUCACCAGUGUGUAGGGAUGUCUAGAGAGACGCUGAAGACGAUUUGUAAGAUAGGACUCGGGGUCACUAUGACGGCCAUCACUGGCUUCUACGCCUUAGAGGAGUCCAUUGGUUAUGUCAGCAGGGUAGAUGGCAUCUCAAUGCAGGACACAUUAAAUCCAAGUAAAUCCAAGAAACAGCAUGACUACGUUUUCUUGAGCAAGUCACACAAUCUUCUGAAGAAAGGAAACAUAAAACAUGGCGAUAUUGUGUCUAUCAAGUCUCCAAGACAUCCAGAGAGGUACCUUAUAAAGAGAAUUGUUGGCCUGGAAGGUGAUAUUGUAAAAAUUCCAGAAAACACAAAAAUCAACAAACGCUGGGAUAAUCCAGAAGGGGUAGUGAAUUACACAAAAAGGACAAUACAGAUCCCUCAAGGUCACUGCUGGGUGGAGGGGGAUAAUGCAAGAAUGAGUGAAGAUAGCAACAAAUUUGGACCAAUCUCGUUAGGACUUAUCACAGCCAAAGCAACACACGUGGUAUGGCCGCCUCAUCGCAGGAAACGUUUGGAGUCCAUUGAGGCACCACCAGAACGCGUCAUCAAAGAAUGCCAACGGCUGAAUAUAUAAGGACCUCUAUGUUUUAAAAUACAAACUGUGAUUUAACUAAUUUUUAUAAAUGUUAUUAUUUUGUGUGGUAACGUGUGCAAGAUAUUUGUAAUGUUGAUUUUUGUGUGUUAUUUGUGAGAUGACUUAUGUACAUGUGUUAAGAGAAUUAUGUUGCUCUUAGUAUGUGAUAUUAAAAUAUUUAGAACUAUAACAAACGCUCCUCUUGUUCAUUUAAAUGCAUCCAUG